AUGCGUUUUUCUGCUUCAGUUGCCCUCUUGGGCCUUGCCUUGCCGUCGGCUUUGGCUCGUUGCCCAUAUGCAGAGCAGAUGAACCUUGAAAAGAGCACGCCUCCCCCGCACGUGCAUGCACCGCGCAAGACGCCAUCCGACAAGAAAGGCAUCUUUUAUAUGAACCGCAUUGCUCCCGGGACGUCAGAGCUGUAUGUUGCCAAUGUUGAUGGCACCGAUGAACGUCCUCUUCUCUCAAACCCUAUCUACGAAUACCAUGCCGCCUUUUCCCCUGAUGGAGAAUGGAUCACAUUUACCGGAGAACGGAACGCUGACGGUAAUUCGGAUAUCUAUCGCGUCCGCACCGACGGGUCUGGCCUUGAGGAGUUGGUAGCAACCUCCUCGGUGGAAGACGGAGCUGUCGUUUCUCCGAAUGGAAAGCAAAUCGCAUAUGUUUCCACUGCCAAUUGCUAUAAGGCCAACAUCUGGGUCAUGGAGCUGGAGAGUGGCAAGAAAUGGAACCUCACAGAUACCGCUUCGACUGCUGCCAACAAUUCUCUUCCAAAUGGAUACUUCCGUCCUGCUUGGUCUCCCGACGGCCAGUGGAUUGCUUUCUCGUCGGACCGUAACUCGGGAUGGUACGGACACGGAGACCCAAUUUUCCAAGGUGUGAGCGGCUGGGAACAUACACAGGAGCUGUCCAUCUACGCUAUCCGUCCUAAUGGAUCUGAUUUCCGUCGCGUGGUGUCGAAGUCUGGUUACUGUCUAGGUUCGCCGAAGUGGUCGCCUAAUGGUGAGCGUAUUAUUUUCUACGAGAUGACUCGCGAGAAUACCUGGAACUCUCACCGUCCCGAGUCCCUGGACUCUUCCAACUCCACCAUUGUCUCGGUGAAGUUCGCCACAGGCGCUGACCGCCGCGUGGAAGUCCAAGGAGCGGGUGUGAAGGUCUUUCCUCAAUACCUUCCUAACAGCACCGUCGCCUACUUCGGAAAGGGUUCCGGCAUCGAAGGAUUCCACACCACUGCCGGUGGAUAUGUAAACACCACCAGUGAGGUGAUUCGCUCCCCUGCCUGGUCUCCGGACGGCAGGAAGGUCGUCUAUGAAAAGACUGCCUGGACUAUCCGCCCUAUGGGCAAGAAGCUGUACAGCUGGGACUCGGAAUGGGAAUACCGCUUCACAGACGUCUUCCCACAGUUGUCCAACACCAACAAGAUCGCCCUUACCGAGAAACAGCUUGGAAACUCUUCUGUUGUUUCCUUCAACGCCAAUGGAACCCACGAGAGCCUAAUCUACAACGACAUGGAAUCCAGCUUCAUUGAUGAAAGCUCAGUCGCCAUGGGCACCGCAGGCGCCUUCAACCCGGCCUGGUCGCCCGAUGGCAAUUGGGUUACCUUCGGAGUAGGCUUCUGGUUCCAAGGCCGUGCAACCGGCGGCGGUUGGCUCGUACGAGCCACCGCCAAUGGCACGUACUACCAAGUCCUGACCGAGAGUACCACAACCCUCAGCAGCAACAGCAGUGUGAUCAACUCCGGCUUCCCUAGUUUCUCGCACGACGGCAAGAAGAUCGUCUUCCGUGUUUGGGGAACAAACUCCACUCUGGGCGACAGAUCCCAGCUCGGACUCCGUGUUCUGGAUCUGGAAACUCGCAAGACUUCCAUCUUGACCAACCAGUGGGAUAACCUGCCUUCCUUCUCUCCCGACGGAAAAAGAAUCGUCUUCACCCGUAAGACUAGUGAUUCCAACUACGAUAUCUGCACUAUUAGUCCUGAUGGAACUGACCUCAAGGUCCUCACUAGCAGUGGUGCCAAUGAUGCUCAUGCCGUCUGGACUUGGGAUGGUCGUAUUGCCUACUCUUCUGGCAUGUUCGGCUUCCAGUAUGAGUGUGCUCUAUAUGAUCAGACUUUCCAGCCUUAUGGUCAGGUCCUCGUUAUGAAUGCUGAUGGCUCCAAUAAGCGUGUUCUUACUGAUUCUAUCUGGGAGGACUCGAUGCCUCUCUACGUGCCGAACAGUGCCCUCAAGGCUAACGUCAAGGUUCACAAAUAG